UCAAAACUCAGGAGUGAAGACCGAAGACAGGAUGCAUCGGCAAAGAAGAUACUUAUAACGGCGCCAAAUUCGGCCAGGUCUCACUUGAGGUAAAGGAUGGAGACUGGGGGACCUCCCCCAGUGGGGAGGGCUUCCUCUCCAGAAUGGCCCUCAACAACAACAAGGCUGGAAUGGAGGGCCUUGACAGGGACAAGAUAAACAAUAUCAUCACCAAGGGCUCCAGGUUCUAUGAGAACGAGAUGAAAAAGGAACAGCAGGUGAACCAGCGCAUUGAGAGGAUGAUGCUGCAGAAAGCACACAUCACUGAGCAACAGUUGAGCAAAGCACAAACACAGGUGGAAAAGAUUACCUUUGACCUGGAGAGGGUUUGUGACUUGAGCCGUGUCACUGUGCACGUGGACAUGGAUGCCUUCUACGCUGCGGUGGAGACGAGAGACUAUCUUGACCUGAAGGACAAACCCAUGGCCGUGGGCUCUAUGAGCAUGCUGACAACUUCCAACUACCAUGCAAGGAAGUUUGGGGUCCGUGCCGCCAUGCCUGGCUUCAUCGCGAAGAAGCUCUGCCCAAACCUGGUUAUUGUUCCAACCYACUUUGACAAAUACAGAGCAGUGAGUGCUGAAGUCCGGGAGAUCUUUGCAGACUAUGACCCUCACUUCCUUCCCAUGAGUCUGGACGAGGCCUACCUGAACAUCAGAGGGCACCUGGAGCAGAGGAGGGUCUGGCCAGACGCCCUGCGUACCCACCGUCUCCGGGCCAACGACACUGGGACAGCUACAUCCGUGUCAGUGCCAGUUGAAGAGCAGGGUGAUGGCCUACAGGAGACAGUAGAGGGUCUGUCUCCUGUCCUGUUUGAGGACAGCCCCAGCUCCUCCUUCCCCUUUCUGCAGGAUGCUCCUGGGGGCGGGGCUGGGGGAGAUGUGAUGGUGUUUGGGACCUGUGCCGAGGAGGCGGUGAGAGAGAUGCGCUUCCGUAUCGAGCAGAAAACCGCCCUUACUGCCAGCGCAGGCAUUGCCCCAAACAUGAUGCUGGCCAAGGUGUGUAGUGAUAAGAACAAACCCAACGGCCAGUACAGACUCCCCUCUAACCGACAGGCUGUCAUGGUAUUCAUACAGGACCUGCCAGUCCGGAAGGUAUCAGGCAUUGGGAAAGUGACAGAGAAGAUGCUGGGAGCUCUAGGUAUCACCAGCUGUAUCCAUCUUGGCCAGGAGAUGGCGUUGCUGGCCUUGCUGUUCUCUGAGACAUCCUGGCACCACUUCCUCGACAUCUCCCUGGGCUUGGGCUCCACACACAUUGAGAGGGACGGGGAGAGAAAAAGCAUGAGCACAGAGAGGACAUUUGGAGAGAUGAGUGCAUUAGAGGAGCAGUUCUCUCUGUGCAGGCAGCUGUGUCAAGACCUGGCUCAGGACCUGCAGAAGGAGGCUCUCAAGGGCAAGACGGUGACGUUGAAGCUUAAAAAUGUCAACUUUGAGAUGAAAACCAGAGCGUGGACAUUGCCGUGUGCCGUUGCUACGAGUGACGAGCUCUUUGCUGUCGCUAAGGACUUGCUGAAGACUGAGAUUGACAACGUCAGCCCCCAGCCACUGAGACUGAGGCUCAUGGGCAUUCGAGUUUCCAGCUUUGUCAGCGCUGACGACAAGAAACCCCUGCAGAACAGCAUUGUGGGAUUCCUCCAGCAAGGCAGGGCUGACUCCAGUAGCUCCUCACAGAUCUCCUCCCACAAGCCUGUGAAAGAGCAUCAACCUAAGCCUCCAGGCCAGACCCAGCCCUUUCCCUGCCCUUCCCUGGUACAGCAGAGCCAGGGGCAGGAGGAUCACCCCUGGGUACCCAGCUGUGGAGGUGGGGAGGACUGGGGAGCAGCAGCAGUCCAUCUUCCAAAAAACUCGCGCCCAGAGGCUGCGGCUGCAAGCUGAGAGAGAGAACCCACCAGAGGAUGGA